AUGUUCAAAAGCCCAGGUCUGUUGGAGUCUGCAAGAGACCAUGUUCUUCCCAUUGACUAUUACUUCCCACCACAGAAGACAUGCUUGAUCUGUGGGGAUGAAGCUUCUGGGUGCCACUAUGGAGCACUCACUUGCGGGAGCUGCAAAGUCUUUUUCAAGAGGGCAGCUGAAGGUAAACAGAAGUACCUCUGUGCCAGCCGAAAUGACUGCACCAUCGACAAGUUCCGAAGGAAAAACUGUCCCUCCUGCCGCCUUCGGAAAUGCUAUGAGGCUGGGAUGACUCUCGGAGCCCGCAAGUUAAAGAAGCUGGGAAACUUGAAGAUGCAAGAAGAAGGGGAAGCAGCGGGCCCCUCCAGCCCUACAGAGGAGCAAGCUCCAAAGAUGGCCAUGACACGCAUUGAGAGCCUGGAGUGCCAGCCCAUCUUUCUCAAUGUCCUGGAAGCUAUCGAGCCAGGGGUGGUGUGUGCUGGCCAUGACAACAACCAGCCUGAUUCCUUUGCUGCCCUUUUGACCAGCUUGAAUGAGUUGGGCGAGAGGCACCUGGUGCAUGUUGUGAAAUGGGCCAAGGCUUUGCCAGGGUUCCGCAACUUGCAUGUGGAUGACCAAAUGGCGAUCAUUCAGUAUUCCUGGAUGGGCCUGAUGAUUUUUGCAAUGGGAUGGAGAUCAUUCACCAACGUGAACUCUCGGAUGCUCUACUUCGCCCCAGACUUGGUCUUCAAUGAGUACCGGAUGCACAAAUCCAGAAUGUACAGUCAGUGCGUCAGGAUGCGGCAUCUCUCCCAAGAGUUUGGAUGGCUUCAAAUCACUCCCCAAGAAUUCCUCUGCAUGAAAGCUCUGCUCCUCUUCAGUAUUAUUCCAGUGGACGGGCUGAAGAACCAGAAGUUCUUUGAUGAACUUCGGAUGAACUACAUCAAGGAACUUGAUCGCAUCAUUGCUUGCAAGAGAAAGAACCCUACCUCCUGCUCCCGGCGUUUCUACCAGCUCACCAAGCUCCUAGACUCUGUGCAGCCUAUUGCCCGAGAGCUGCACCAGUUUACAUUCGACCUCCUAGUCAAGUCCCACAUGGUCAGUGUGGAUUACCCAGAAAUGAUGGCAGAGAUCAUCUCGGUGCAAGUCCCCAAGAUCCUCUCUGGGAAGGUGAAGCCCAUCUACUUCCACACACAGUGAUGGAGCGAGGGAGACACAGGAAGGGAGGAGCCCUUUGCGGCCAAGGCCCUGGAAGCUGCCGACCUUGUCCAGCCUUCACUUGCCUGUUAUUUUUGCACUGCAGUGCCUUGGAAUACUGUAUACGCUACAAAGAUAUACAGUAAUAACGAAAACAGAACUAACCUGCUGGGAUUCUUUUCAAUUUCAGUGACUCCCCACCUGGGGGAAUUCCCUUUUCAAGUGGGAGCUUUUUUCGGCCUGUUUUGAAACAGCCCAGCAUAUGUGUGUGCGUGCAAACCCUGCACCUUCUCUACUUCUCUUUCCUGUUCUUAUAUAUAUUUUUAAUCUGGUGUUGUGGCAUGGUGCCAGGCGGCACUUGUUUACAUUCUUGGGCUUCUGCAUCUCCCACAAUGGCUUCUGUGGCCCUGUACCACGAUGGGAAGUCUGGCAAAACACACACACACACAUUGUGUUUUGGGGCUUCCCUUCAUUGCUGUUUUAUUCUCUCUUUUUAAACAAAACCAGAAUCCAAGAUGACAAGCAGGUUGCUCAAAUCAAAUCCUGGGAGUGGGAAGAACUUCAUUUUUGGGGAGUGGGUGAUUUUAUUUUUUUAACAGUUUUUUGAUCAACUCUUAACUUUUUUGUGCAGUGUGCUUUUCCCCCAUUAUGUUGCGAGUCUCACUCUUAAGAUGCAGGAGGAUUUCAAUAGCAUAUAUGAGGACAGGAAGGGAGAACUGGACUCAAAAUCAUAUGGAGGAGAGAAUGUAGUGGAAUCAUACAACUGCAAAAAAAAAAAAAGUGUGUGUGCCGUUAGAUUCCCCAGGGCCACAUUUCUGCAUGUGAACUAGUCUCAGUCCUCGUCACGUUCCUAUACUACGUGGCCACAAGCCACUGCCUCAGAUUCGGCUGCUGUUCAGUGUGCCUCUCCAAUUAACUCUGAGGCCCUUACAGCAGCAUUUACCUGACACAAAGUGCCCAAAUCCAUACAGUGCUGUUCUUGUGCUCAUGAAAAAUGACACAAAGCAUUAAGAGGAGCUGGAGGGUAGUGCUUAACCCUCCUGGUGCCCUGAAGGUUACGGAGGGCUGUUUUACAGUGCAAUCCUUUUUUCUUACUUCCUUUUCUUUCUGUGGACCAUGAGCCAAAACUUUAAAAAAAAGUCACCCAAUGAAUGUGAGCACAUUCCAGUUUUGAGCAUUUUUUGUUUUUGUUUCUCCAUCACGAAGGACACUCUCCUCAAAAAAGGCAGCUCUGCAGUGCUCAGAGGGCCUCCAUCCAGCUGCUUUUGUCACCUACACCAACAUCCCUCCUCCCAGCUCUGCUUCCCAAAAGUCAGAGGCACCUAAAGACCCUCUUGGAAGACUUUUCCUUGGAGAGCGUGGUGGGUGAGGGCCUCAGAAGCCAAGCCAAGUGAAACAAGGACUCUGAUGCCUCUUUGGGGUUCCUGAGAAACUGCACAUAACUAAGGUCCUAACCCACUCCACUGGGGAAGAACUUGUGUUUUCAUUAUCUUUUUUAAUAACAUUGUGGUACAUUGUAAAGAGAACAUGUAUUGGGAUGGGGAUGCGCUUUUCAUUUUUGUGAUUUCUGUAGUUGAGACUGCCAUUCAUCUAAAGGAGUAAUGGGGAGUCAAACAAACCUUAGAAACUUUCCUUGGUUGUGGGAAGAAGGGCCCUCAGUCUCAAUAAGCUAUCCUAGAGCAGUCCCUGGCCAGAUAAUCUCACAGGAUGACACAAAUAGAUUCUGAGCUGUUGUCUUCUGAUUUUUUCAGAAAGAAUUAUAUGUGUGUGUGGGGGGGGUAUUGUUCCAGGUCAUGUCCUAGAAUGGCUGAACUGAGUAUGUGUUAAAAGCUCAUUGGUUCUCCUAAGAAUGCCACUCACAAUUAUCCUGUUUCUCAACCAUCGGUUUUAUCUCCCAACCCUAUUCUGUUCAUCCCUGGCAUCACAAGAAAAUAAUCACAAAUUGUUUGACUCCUUUGAUUUUUGGAUGUGGAUUGUGAUUCUCUAGCUCACAAUCUUUAUUUAGGUAGUGAUAACUUGCUUGUCUUUAAUUCUAAAAAUGGCUUAAGGCUUUGCUCCUACUGCCAUGAGCAGUUUCACCUGCCUCCCUUGUUCAACAAUGGCCUGGCAAAUUGUGACUUUGAAGGAUCUUGCAUACCUUUCAGAAGCAACGGCUGUAAAGUUGCACUUUGCAGUGAUGCAUUUUUAAAUGAUUGUUAGCCAUUAUCCCACUCCUCCUACCUCCCUCAAAAAAAA